GGAGGGGGCUUGAGCAUGGAGCGGCUUCGGGGUCUUCUCCAGAGAGCGCAGCAGUGGUCCCCACAACCCUCUCAAACCAUCUACAAGCGUGUGGAGGGCCCCUCCCAGGGGCGCCUGGAGGAGGAAGAGGAAGACAGGGAGGAGGGGACCCAGCUGCCCAUCCACUUCUGCCCUAUGGAGCUGAGGGGCCCCGAGUCUCUGGGCUCUAGACCUGGGCUACCAGUCCUCAUACCCUGGGCAGAAGCAGGAAGAAGAGCGGCUCCCUACCUGGUCCUGAUGGCUCUGCUGAUCUUCACUGGGGCUUUCCUCCUGGGCUACGUGGCCUUCCGAGGGUCCUGCCAGGCGUGCGGGGAUUCCGUGUUGGUGGUGAGCGAGGAUGGCACCUAUGAGAUGGGCCCAGAUUCUCACCAGGGCACGUUGUACUGGAGCGACCUCCAGGCCAUGUUCCUGAGGCUCCUCAGGAAGGGGCACCUGGGGGACACCAUCAGGCAGACCAGCGUCCGGGAGCGCACGGCGGGCUCCGCGGGGACGGCCGCGCUGGCCCAGGACAUCCUCACCGCGCUGUCCGGACACAGGCUGGACCACGUGUGGACCGACACGCAUUACGUGGGGCUCCAGUUCCCAGACCCGGAGCACCCCAACAUUCUGCACUGGGUGGAUGAGGCUGGGAAGAUCGGGGAGGAGCUGCGCCUGGAGGACCCCGACGUCUACUGCCCCUACAGCGCCACAGGCAACGUCACGGGGUCGCUGGUCUACGCUCACUACGGGCGGCCCGAGGACCUGCGGGACCUGCGGGCCAGGGGUGUGGAGCCGGCUGGACACCUCCUGCUGGUGCGCGCCGGGGUCACCAGCUUUGCCCAGAAGGUGGCCAGUGCCCAGGACUCGGGGGCCCGAGGAGUGCUCAUAUACCCUGACCCAGCAGACUUCUCUCAGGGCCCGCACAAGCCAGACCUGUCCAGACACCGGGCUGUAUACGGACAUGUACACCUGGGAACUGGGGACCCCUACACACCUGGCUUCCCAUCCUUCAACCAAACUCAGUUCCCUCCAGUGGCAUCUUCGGGCCUCCCCAGCAUACCUGCCCAGCCCAUAAGUGCAGACAUUGCUGGACUCCUGCUCAGGAAGCUCAAAGGCCCUGUGGCCCCCCAGGAAUGGCAGGGAGAUCUCCUAAGCUUCCCUUAUCAUCUGGGCCCUGGGCCAGACCUGUAUCUAGAAGUCAACAACCACAGAGUUUCUACUCCCAUUAGAAACAUCUUUGGCUGCAUUGAAGGCGUGGCAGAGCCAGAUCACUAUGUUGUCAUCGGGGCCCAGAGGGACGCAUGGGGUCCAGGAGCAGCCAAGUCUGCGGUGGGGACGGCCAUACUGCUGGAGUUGGUGCGCACAUUUUCCUCCAUGGUGAGCAAUGGUUUCCGGCCCCGCAGGAGUCUUCUCUUUAUCAGCUGGGAUGGAGGCGACUUUGGCAGUGUGGGCUCCACCGAGUGGCUGGAGGGCUACCUCAGCAUACUACACCUCAAAGCCGUAGCCUAUGUGAGCCUGGACAACGCAGUGCUGGGAGAUGACAAGUUCCAUGCCAAGACCAGCCCGCUUCUCAUCAACCUCAUAGAGAAUCUCCUGAAGCAGGUGGAUUCUCCCAACCACAGCGGGCAGACCCUGUUUGAGCAGGUGACACCUGCCAACACCAGCUGGGAUGCUGAGGUGAUCAAGCCUCUGUCCAUGGACAGCAGCGCCUACUCCUUCACGGCCUUUGCGGGGGUCCCUGCUGUGGAGUUCUCCUUCACGGAGGACGACCAGGCGUACCCUUUUCUGCACACGAAAGAGGACACGUACGAGAACCUACACAAAAUGCUUCGAGGCCGCCUGCCGGCUGUGGCCCAGGCAGUGGCCCAGCUCGUGGGGCUGCUCCUCAUCCGCCUGAGCCACGACCACCUGCUGCCCCUCGACUUCGGCCGCUACGGGGACGUGGUGCUCCGGCACAUGGGCACCCUCAACGAGUUCUCCGCAGAUCUUAAGGCCCGCGGGCUGACCCUGCAGUGGGUGUACUCGGCGCGCGGGGACUACAUGCGCGCGGCGGAAAAGCUGCGGAAGGAGAUCUACAGCUCGGAGGAGAGUGACGAGAGACUUACGCGCAUGUACAACGUGCGCAUCAUGCGGGUGGAGUUCUACUUCCUGUCCCAGUACGUGUCUCCGGCCGAUUUCCCGUUCCGCCACAUCUUCCUGGGCCGUGGCGAGCACACGCUGGGCGCCCUGCUCGAGCACCUGCGGCUGCUGCGCCCCGACGGCGCCGAAGCCGCGGCCGGAGCCUCGGGGUGGGCGGCCGGCCCCGGCUUCCAGGAGAGCCGCUUCCGGCGCCAGCUGGCCCUGCUCACCUGGACGCUGCAGGGGGCGGCCAACGCGCUGGGCGGCGACGUCUGGAACAUCGACAACAACUUCUGAGGCCCUGGCCUCCCGGGGGGGUGUCCCCGGGGCGCCCGGCCUGGGCCCCGGCGGCUGUGCAGGCCCUGCGCGGCUCUGUUCCCGGCGGUGGAUUUCGCCAUGGGGGUCUCC